GUCCUUAUGGUUGAGCUGGGUGUUGGUCCCUGCUAUGCCUCCCGCCAUGACAGACCUCCUGGACAUGUGGGCGGCCCACUCCCAGCUGUCUGGAGAGGACCUGGUCACUGUGGACUUCCUGUUACCCACCGGCAUCUACAUCCAGAUGGACGUCCCCAGAGAGGCCACCAUACAACACAUCAAACUGGUAGGAGAGAGGGGAACAGGGGGUAGGUUUGAGUAGGUAUGUGUUGGGGGGGGGGGGGGGGGGGGGGAGUAGGUUUGUGUCGUGUGUGUCAGUGGAGUUUGUGGGGGUAGGUGGUGUGUGUGUGUAAAGUUGAAUUACAUGAAAUAUUUUUUUGCAAAUGAUGAGUGCCUAUAGCUUAAGGUGAAUCAUUUCAGACAGCAGGUAAAUCAAUUUAGAUCAGCAUUGGAAAGUAUAGCGGAGAGGCCUAUGAUGGGCCUACUGUGCAUCUCAGUGUUUUUAUUUAUCGUUCUUAUUGUUAUCAUGACAAUUCAGUACAAUUAUGAUGAUAUGAAUUUAUAUCCACAUUGCAUGGCCAGUCCUACAUCCUCUUCAACAUGUCAGGCUGUUUUAUCUCUUCAAUUAGAAUCAAACCCAUAAACAUUAGUUUACAACAUUUAUUAGUUUAACAUUACGCAGAUUGGUUAGGAUUGUUUUAAUGAAUGACUCUGGGUGCUGCCUGGCUGAAGUUCUGCUUCUGAGACAUUGUAAAAGGCCAUCAUAAUAACUAGAACACGCUGUAGGCUGCUGUAGACUGUCGUCUCCUCUCCAGUCCAGACAGACGCUCUCUAAUGGGUGUUAUGACACAGCUGGCGGCUGGUGUGAUUUGUUUGUCUCUGAGCUGCACUCACGGCAUGCAAAUAUGCUAUGACAUCAUGCAUGACCCGGCUAGUGGGUAGAGGUGGGGUGGGAUGGAGGCCAAAGGUCAGCAAUGUAACAAUGCACUGUAGUCUUUACCGUCAUGGAAGGUGUCAUAUUUCAGUCACAAUUAAUGUUUUUUAAUGGUUUUAGUUUUAGUUUAAGAUGUAAAUACUUUGGAGGAUGGUAGUUAUUUUUUUCCUGUGGUGAGAUCCCUCCUGCUGAACCUCUUCCUGUGACCCUCUCCCUGCUGGUGUUUUCCUCCAGUCUGAGACACUUUCUGACACACACACACACACACACACACACACACACACACACACACACACAAACACGUAGAGAGACACACACACACGUAGAGAGACACACACACACACACGUAGAGACACACACACGUAGAGACACACGUAGAGACACACACACACGUAGAGAUACACACACACGUAGAGACACACACACACGUAGAGACACACACUCACACACACGUAGAGACACACACACACACGUAGAGACACACACACGUAGAGACACACACACAUAGAGACACACAGAGACAUACCAUGUUUUCCUCAGACAGUCUUCGUUGAAUAGCACCUGGAGUUGUUAAGACGUUUGUUCUGUGAGUGUGAACAAUGUCUGUUUCUCUGCACCCCUGGCUCCAGUGUUCCUAAUGAGGAGUAACCUAUCACUCCAAUUCACAAAGUGUUUGUUUGUCUCUCUGCUUUUCAUAUGUCUAUAAAACAGAACUAACAGACUCAAUGACUUGUGAUCUGUCUUGCAGUUAUGCGGUUGUGUGUGAGAGUGAGUGAGAGAGUGAGUGAGAGAGUGAGUGAGAGAGUGAGUGAGAGAGUGAGUGAGAGUGAGUGAGAGAGUGAGUGAGAGAGAGAGUGAGUGAGAGAGUGAGUGAGAGAGAGAGACAGAGACAGAGAGACAGAGACUCACUCAGGUAGACCAGCAGCAGAUGUAUUUAUUUCCCCAACUAAAGAUGUUUAGGAGGAGAGUAGUCUCCAGACGGAAGGCCUGCCAGCCAGCUAACAAUGUUAAAUCUCACCCAGACACUGAUUUAUAGACAACACAGUGGCUGGGUGGAGAAUAAAGAUGUCGCCCCUGCUCAGACAGAACGUGGGCAGGACAUUUAUUAGGGGCACAAUGACACACAGCCUCCAUUAGAAUACCUUGUCUUUCACUUUCUAUUAUAAUAUAAGGAAAUAUGCUCUGAUAUUCAUCCUCAACUAGCCAACAGCACAGGAACCGUUGUGACUUGUACUCAAUAAGUGUUGGUUUAGGGAAAAAUACAUUGUUGUGACCUUGCAUAGCCAUCCAAUGUGCAUGAAAUAAAAAACAAACUGAAUGUAAAAAUAUAUAUAUAUUCAAAAGAUAACGUUGAAGGAAAUGGCAAAGUUCAAUAAAAUGUCUCUUAAGUGAGGCUGUUAUCCUGUUGCUUAAAGGUGCUGGCUUCCAAGAGGGAGUGUCAUUUUAGAGAAUAACAGUAGUAGUCAUGUGGUCUCAGGAUGGCUACAAAUAGCAUGGUGGUGAAAUGUGACAGAUAAUUAGAUGUCACACCACGGAUAAUAACAACCGAUUUGUUAAGUAAAAGCAAUUAUUUGUCAUGUGAACGUAGUAUAGCCAAGUAGUAAACAGUAAUCCAAUCUAUGAUGCAGAAAAAGUUGAAUACCGGGAGGAUUUUGUUUUAGCCUCUAAAGAAGGUCUAUACUUUGAGGGGACUUGGUCUGAUGUUGUGGUCAGUAAGUUGGUAAUGACGAAAGAAUGUUGUGGCAAGAGGCUCAAGUUGUUUGUCUGAAGGGAGGAGAGUUGACAUGACUCCUUGUCUACAAGUCUGUCCCCAUGUUUCUCUUCUUAGUGCCCUUUAGCCUCAAACACACACACACACACACACACACACAACGGGACAUGAUUCAUGUCCUGAUUGGUUUGUAGAAGUAAGAUUCAUGUCCUGAUUGGUCUAUUCAGGACCUGUGUAAUGUUUGUUUCCCUGUCAUCAUAUGACAUCAUAUGGUUGUUGUUCAACCAUUGGUUCUUAGCAUUUCAGUCGUGAUGAUUCUUAGAACUACUGUUGGCUUUAGAAUCUGGAUUAUUGUGAUGUUAGUCAUGAUGCUAUUGGCUAAUAAUUGAGGUUCCACUUGUUAUUGUAGAUCGUGUAUUGUAGAGGCUGAGCCUGUAUCUGUGUAGCCCGUGAUCAUACAGGUAGAUUGUGUCAACCUGUCUUGCCAUAGUUUUUGUAAUAACUGUGUUAUCCCCCACCUCCUCCUUCCUCAUAGCUCCUAUGGAAGCAGGCCCAGUCGUACCCCCUGUUCCCGUCUCUGGGGGAGAUGGAGGGCCACAUGUUUGAGUGUGUGAACCAGGCAGCGGUGCACGAGGAGCUGGAGGAUGAGACCAGGCGCCUCUGUGAUGUCAGGCCCUUCUGGCCCAUGCUCAAACUGGUCACACGCAACUGUGGCCGCGCCGAACGCCUGCUCGACUCCAAGAUCGGCGUGCUCAUCGGAAAAGGUGACACACUCACACACAGUAACAGUAGACCCCCACACUGAUGUUUGACCUAUGUGACCUGUGGUUUAAACAGAGUAGGGAUGCUCCUAGACAGUGAUCACUCACACACACACACACACACACACACACACAUACUCCUCAGACACAGCACCACAGUUUAAUCUCUGUCUCCAGUAUAUUCAUAUCCGCUUUGCCUUGGCGGUCAGAUCUGAGUCUUGUCUUCAGAUGUCUCAUGUCAUCAUCCCAGUAUCAGCUGAAGUCAGGCCCGUUGGAUAGAAAACAAUCUGGUUAGAAUAGACAGGCUCCUGAUGUCUGUUGCAUCAUCCGUCACUCACUAUUAUCUGUGAUGGUGAUAAGAUGCUGUGCUGAGUGGAGGAGGCAAGCCAGACCACCACUGUAAUGGUAGGGAAGAUAAAGCCCCAGGGUGGAACGGUCAAUCUAUUGAGUUAAUACACACAAACAGAAAUAUGCUUGCACACAUACAGUACCAGUCAAAAGUAUGGAGACACCUACUCAUUCAAGGGUUUUUCUUUAUUUUUACUAUUUUCUACAUUGUAGAAUAAUAAUGAAGACAUCAGAACUAUGAAAUAACACAUAUGGAAUCAUGUAGUAACCAAAAAAGUGUUAAACAAAUCAAAAUAUAUUUUAGAUUCUUCAAAGUAGGUACCCUUUGCCUUGAUGACAGCGUUGCACACUCUUGGCAUUCUCUCAACCAGCUUCACCUGGAAUGCUUUUCCAACAGUCUUGAAGGAGUUCCCACAUAUGCUGAGCACUUGUUGGCUCCUUUUCCUUCACUCUGCGGUCCAACUCAUCCCAAACCAUCUCAAUUGGGUUGAGAUCGGGUGAUUGUGGAGGCCAGGUCAUCUGAUGCAACACUCCAUCCCUCUCCUUCUUGGUCAAAUAGCCCUUACACAGCCUGGAGGUGUGUUGAGUCAUUAUCCUGUUGAAAAACAAAUGAUAGUCCCUCUAAGCGCAAACCAGAUGGGAUGGUGUAUCGCUGCAGAAUGCUGUGGUAGCCAUGCUGGUUAAGUGUGCCUUGAAUUCUAAAUAAAUCACAGACAGUGUAAUCAGCAAAGCACCAUCACACCACCUCCUCCAUGCUUCAAGGUGGGAACCACAUAUGCGGAGAUCAUCUGUUCACCUACUCUGAGUCUCACAAAGACACGGCGGUUGGAACCAAAAAUCUCAAAUUUGGACUCAUCAGACCAAAGGACAGAUUUCCACCGGUCUAAUGUCCAUUGCUCGUGUUUCUUGGCCCAAGCAAGUCUCUUCUUCUUAUUGGUGUCCUUUAGUAGAGGUUUCUUUUCAGCAAUUCGACCAUGAAGGCCUGAUUCCCGCAGUCUCCUCUGAACAGUUGAUGUUGAGAUGUGUCUGUGACUUGAACUCUGUGAAGCAUUUAUUUGGGCUGCAAUUUCUGAGGCUGGUAACUCUAAUGAACUUAUCCUCUGCAGCAGAGGUAACUCUUGGUCUUCCUUUCCUGUGGCGGUCCUCAUGAGAGCCAGUUUCAUCAUAGCGCUUGAUGGUUUUUGCGACUGCACUUGAAGAAACUUACAAAGUUCUUGUCACAACACAACUGAUUGGCUCAAACGCAUUAAGAAGGAAAGAAAUUCCACAAAUUAACUUUUAGCAAGGCACAACUGUUAAUUGAAAUGCAUUCCAGGUGACUACCUCAUGAAGCUGGUUGAGAGAAUGCCAAGCGUGUGCAAAGCUGUCAUCAAGGCAAAGGGUGGCUAUUUGAAGAAUCUCAAAUAUAAAAUAUAUUUUGUUUUGUUUAACACUUUUUUAGUUACUACAUGAUUCCAUAUGUGUUAUUUCAUAGUUCUGAUGUCUUCACUAUUAUUCUACAAUGUAGAAAAUAGUAAAAAUAAAGAAAAACCCUUGAAUGAGUAGGUGUGUCCAAACUUUUGACUGGUACUGUAUAUGCAUGCACGCUAACACACUAUUGAUGCGUCGGUUGACUCAUAACCCGCAGUCCCUGCAGUUAUAUACGCGGGGCAGAAGGUUUUAGGGUCAUUAAAGGUCAAUAAAUAUUGUGUGGCUGAAGGGCAGGUUGAAUAAAGAGAAACAAUCUUAAAAAUCCAUAAAUGUAAAUGCAAUUUAUAUCUAUCUAUAUGCUACAAUGAGAUGUUUAUUUCAUUAUUUUAGGCUAUUUGGGUAUUAGUGCAUGAGCCUAAGCUUUAGGACUUAACUGUACACGCGCCAAAUACUCUACACAGCCAAUCGCCAAAUAAUGCUUUUGGGAAUGGGCAGAAAAAGUUAACAUCAAUACACAGACGGCAAAAAGGACAUUGUCGAAGUUUAAUUCAAUAAGACGAAAGCUGCGAAAGGAGAGUUAAAAAUAAAGAGAAGGGAGGGCCAGAAAUGUAAUGUUUGGAAAUGAUUUGGUGAAGUAUUAUAAGAGGAUGAUAGCAGUGCCGGCUAUGUUCUGUACAAAUUCAACAGUCACAAGACAGGGACUUCAAAUAGGCCUAUGGCAUGUCAAGGGAACUGUAGCCUACUGUUUAGAUGGGUUAAAUGGAAACUGAAAUCUGGACACUGACUGUAGCUCUAUAACUGCUCACACAGCAUUAAUAUUAACUCCUGCAGAAUGAAGCAUUUCUUGCAGUAAAAUGAUACACCAAAUGUAGGCAACAUUUUAACUUGGGAACAGGAGUGAAGAAAUGUGAUUUAUUUAUUUCUGCAUCUUGAGAGAAUGCAAUACUCAGAUACCAUCUGUAGAGGUGCUAUCUUCAUCAUAAAAGCUGAUAGUACAGUAUUUCAACCACAUAAAAUAUGCAUCCAAACUGAAAUCUUAUCAGAAACACAUUGGGUCGUUUUCACAGCUUUCUUUUUCCUUACAACGGUCAAAUUGAAUGUUAUUUGGACAUUUAGCAUUGUUUUGCAUGAUUGUAUUUUCUCCCCAGCCCCUAAACGUCUUUGCUUCGCAAAAAUGACAGAACUUUACCGACAUCAACUGGUUUGAAGCAUUCAAUCUAUUGAUCUAUGACAUUAUUCUGUUGAGCAAGGGUUUAUUUAGUCUUCAUACAGGUGUUUAUUUAGUUCACAUAUAGUCCAACAGUUGCGGAUGGGUUAUUAGCAAAUGCGGGUGUGGGUGAACAAACAGCUGACCCGCGCACCACUGUUAAACACACACACACACACACACACACACACACACACACACACACACACACACACACACACACACACACUAAGUCUCACUUACAAACUCUCUCUCUCACUCAGCCAUAUAUGCACAUAGGUAUACGUGUGUAUACACACACACACACACACACACACACACACACACAGCGUCAUGUUGGCCUGAGGCUGUGUGGGGACAGAGAUGGUAGGUGGGUCUAUGGAGGUCCUCCAGGCUGCUGGCCAACCAGGCCUGUUCAGAGAGGGAGUCGGUCAGUGAUAGUAAUUGAAGGAGACUUAUCCCAUAUUGAUAUUUUCCCUCUUGGCUCCAAUUUUGUCAGAUGUGAUCUGUAAAAGGCUUUUGUCAGUAAGCGGUACUCAAAACAGACCUCAGGCGCUGGCUAGCCACACACCCACACACUGAAAAGCCCGCACACACACACACACACACACACACACACACACAAGCUAAUAAUGCAGUCCAGAGGCAUCCUCUGAGAGCUGAGGGUCAUAUGAAUGUUUAAUGGUUUUAAAUGUCAACAUGUGUUUUUUAUCAUCCAAAGCAUUCUACGGCCCCAAAAUACCAAGCUCUGUUCAAUUAGUAGAUAUAAUGAAUUCAGGAUCUAGAUUUUAUACCCAGUGAACGUUGUAUUUCAGUGAAAACAGUAGGUUAGAGUUCAACACUCUUGAGAUUGAAUUGUCAUUUGUAAUCCCUCAUAAACAUGAAUGUUACCACGCCAGGUAUGUGUCAGUCACAGAGGGAGUGCAUUAAACAUGAAUGGUAAUGCCUUUUAAUGCAGUGCCGUUAGACCCACUCAUGCAGAGGUUAUACUCUGGUUUUUCACAUGCUUUAGUGCUUAUGUCAUUGUGGUGUUGCGUUUAACCUCUUAUGAACCUGUUACACCGUGCUUAUAAAGCUUAAUGACUGCUCACAGGUGUUCACAAACGGAACACUAUCGAUAAAAUACAUCUUUGGUGUCAAAUGUUGUAAAACCUCUUGUGGCCUUUUUAUGCACUCCUUAUCACCUGCAAAAGUCGUUAUGCAGUGCUUAUAAAGUGUUUAUGAAGAGCUUAUGAAGCUUCACGAACCAUUCACAGGUCUCCACGAGCUGGAUGCUCUCCAGGACCAGGAGGUGAAGGACUUCCGCAGUAAGAUGUUCCGUAUCAGCGAGGAGAAGAUGCAGCGGGUACAGCUGAUGACAUGGAGCGAGUGGCUGCAGGCCUGCUUCUCUCCACAGCUGGAGCCAGGGGGAGGAGCCACAGACGGUGUCAACGACAAACAGGCCGAGGCCAGCCUCAAAGUCACCAUGCAUUUUGACCAGUCCCAGGUACCUGUCUGUACACACUGAGAGCACAAUAUGUCCUACCAGAAAUACUUACACAAAGCAAAAUAUAACCAACAAUAGGACCAUUAUCGCUCUCUUCUACUAGUCAUCAUUUACAAUACUACACACCCCUGGCUGUCAUCAGUCAGUAGUCAUCAUUUACAAUACUACACACCCUCGGCUGUCAUCAAUCAGCAGUCAUCAUUUACAAUACUACACACCCUCGGCUGUCAUCAAUCAGCAGUCAUCAUUUACAAUACUACACACCCUCGGCUGUCAUCAAUCAGCAGUCAUCAUUUACAAUACUACACACCCUUGGCUGUCAUCAAUCAGCAGUCUCCAUUUACAAUACUACACACCCUCGGCUGUCAUCAGUAGUUAUCAUAUACAUACAACAGUAUGCGGACAGACACUGAGUAUACAAAACAUUAAGAACUCCUGCUCUUUCCAUGACGUAGACUGACCAGGUGAAUCCAGGUGAAAGCUAUGAUCCCUUAUUGAUGUCACUUGUUAAAUGCACUUCAAUCAGUGUAUAUGAAGGGGAGGAGAUGCGUUAAAGAAGGAUUUUUAAGCCUGGAGACAAUUGAGAUAUGGAUUGGGUAUGUGUGCCAUUCAGAGGGUGAAUGGGCAAGCCAAAAUAUUUAAAUGCCUUUGAACGGGGUGUGGUAGUAGGUGCCAGUGGCACCGGUUUGUGUCAAGAAUUGCAAUGCUGCUGGGUUUUUAACGUUCAACAGUGUCCCAUGUGUAUCAAGAAUGGUCCAACACCCAAAGGAUAUCCAGCCAACUUGACACAACUGUGGGAAGCAGGGGGGUGCAACUCAAUAUUAGGAAGGUGUUCCUAAUGUUUGGUAUACUCUGUAGGCUACAGACUAGUAAACAAACUCUCUCACACAUAUAUUCUCCCCUCUCUUAUCUCCUCUGUUGGCUGGCCCCUAAUAGUACCUGGUCAUGUGACAGUUGGCUGUCUGUUAAUAGGACCUGGUCAUGUGACAGUUGGCUGUCUGUUAAUAGGACCUGGUCAUAUGACAGUUGGCUGGCCCCUAAUAGGACCUGGUCAUGUGACAGUUGGCUGUCUGUUAAUAGGACCUGGUCAUAUGACAGUUGGCUGGCCCCUAAUAGGACCUGGUCAUGUGACAGUUGGCUGUCUGUUAAUAGGACCUGGUCAUAUGACAGUUGGCUGGCCCCUAAUAGGACCUGGUCAUGUGACAGUUGGCUGUUUGUUAAUAGGACCUGGUCAUGUGACAGUUGGCUGGCCCCUAAUAGGACCUGGUCAUGUGACAGUUGGCUGUUUGUUAAUAGGACUUGGUCAUGUGACAGUUGGCUGUCUGUCACGCUCCUACCCAAAGGGCCUCUCCACUGAUUGAACACAUCCCUCUUUCUCCCCCACUCUCUCCUUUCUCUCCUCCUUUCCAUCCCACCCCGAAAAGACCAAGACCCUCCCACCCCCUCCCUACAAAGAAAACCCCCCCCCCCCCCUCUCUCCCCCCCCCCCCUCUCCUCUCUACCCUCAAACUAACUCAACUCCUCCCUCUCUCCCCUCAUCCACCCUCUCUCUCGCUCUCCACUCCCUCCCCGCUUCCCUUCCCCCCCUCCCACGCUUCUCCCUUCCCCCUCCCUCUCUCUCUCUCCCACUCCCUCUCUCUUUAUACCUCUCUCUCUCCCCCAAUCACUCACACACACACACACACACACCCCUCUCACUAUCAACCCCUCUUUAUCUGAAAUAAGUGUGUGUAGAUUCGGUGGCAUGCCAACAGAUCAGCUCAGAUCAACACACACAUGCAACACACGCUAGGGUCACUAGCCCACUGCACAGUACAUGGCCCAAACCCUUACCAUCUGUGUUCUGUCCAGGUGGAUGGAGGCAGGAAGUCAGUGUGUUAUUUAGGAGUCCACAUUAGGCACAGGAAGUGGACCUUUUUAUUGUCUAGAGUCUUGUUAACUCCAUUGGUUGGUUGGCCUGAUUUUCAGUUGACUCUGUUAUAUCAAACCCUUAUUUUACUACCUGUUUACAUUAUAUUUACUUGGACAUUACAUUGUAAAACAGCAGUCGUUCACUUGAAGCUACAAGGUGCUAUAGUUACCAUUUUAUUUGAGGCAAUUACCUGAAAGUACCCAUAGUUACCAUAGUCGUAAUGUCUUGGCUGGAAAGAAAGUGUGAAAUAAUUUCAAUAAUUAUUACCGCUCUAUUUGGAACUUGACCACUCUGGUCUGUGUCACCAUGGUGAUGUGCAGCAGCUGGUUGUCAUGGCAUUGUGAGUGGGUGAAGGCUGUGCCCUCAUGACCAGGUUGGGCGCCAGGCUGCAAGGCAGGUCAGGUAGGGGUGUGUGUUUCUCUGUCUGAAUGCUCUGUAAGCCUUCGGUGUCUGGCUGGGAUUGUGUGUUAAGCCUAAUCUAUAUUCCCCCCUCUAACGUUAUUUUACUAUUUUUCACCCUCUCUCCUCGCUAUCUUUGAGAUUUCACUUUGCAAUAUAGAACAUGAAGUGCACCACACCAUUUCUCUGGUCUCUGUCUGUCUCUGUGUUGUGUUGAUGGUAAUGUUCUCUCCAUCCAGGACACAGCCAGUCUGAAGGUGUGCCCCAGCACCAGUCCCACUGAGCUGAUGGAACAGGCUGUGAGGAAAUGGCUGAUGACCCACGGCCCAGAGGAGGACGGACGCCAGGCAGAGCAGUACGUUCUGAGGGUCAGCGAUAAGCUGGAGUUCCUCUGUGGAGACCACCCCCUCAUACAGUACAAGGUGACCCCUUACUCUUAGGCUAAACCUCAGUGCAUACAGUGCAAAGGGACCCUAAUGAUGCCCUGUGACCCCUUAACCUUUAACCCCCAAACCCUCUGUAGAGUGCUUUCUUACCAUCAAACUGCUCCCUUUCUCAGUCUCUUACCCUCUAGAGUUUCUGUGCAGUGCUGACCUCAACUCUCCUCUGAAAAUGACCUUGUUUAUCUCAACCAUUCCUUAAUGAUUAAUGUCAUAACUAGUAAACUCUCUUCGACCGUAACGGUUAAUGUUCCAAGGUCAGAGCGUGUGUAGGGAGCGGUCAGGUUAGGGUUGAGGAAUGUCUCCUUGUGUUUAGCCAUAUACGAGACUCAGUGAUCCAGGAACGGUCAUCUGACUGAUGUCCUAAUAACGCCUCAUUAAUAACACUGUCUUCCUGGAACACAUUACUGUUACUCACAGACCUGGUAUGUGUGUAUGACUGAAUCCAUCUGUGUAUGAGUGUGUGUGUGUGUGUGUGUGUGUGAUGAAGCAGACUGACUAUUACGCCCUGUAGAAAAGGGUCCGGUCCCAUUUGCUCUCGUUCCCGGAAAAGUGUUUCGAUCCAGGAACCAUCUGAUCCACAUACGUCAUGUCUGUACAUUAGAUAUGUGUUACAUUCUAUCUGUCUGUACAUUAGAUAUGGGUUACAUUCUAUCUGUCUGUACAUUAGAUAUGGGUUACAUUCUAUCUGUCUGUGCAUUAGAUAUGGGUUACAUUCUAUCUGUCUGUGCAUUAGAUAUGGGUUACAUUCUAUCUGUCUGUGCAUUAGAUAUGGGUUACAUUCUAUCUGUCUGCGCAUUGGAUAUGGGUUACAUUCUAUCUGUCUGCGCAUUGGAUAUGGGUUACAUUCUAUCUGUCUGCGCAUUAGGUAUGGGUUACAUUCUAUCUGUCUGCGCAUUAGAUAUGGGUUACAUUCUAUCUGUCUGCGCAUUAGGUAUGGGUUACAUUCUAUCUGUCUGCGCAUUAGAUAUGGGUUACAUUCUAUCUGUCUGUACAUUAGGUAUGGGUUACAUUAUAUCUGUCUGUACAUUAGGUAUGGGUUACAUUCUAUCUGUCUGUACAUUAGGUAUGGGUUACAUUCUAUCUGUCUGUGCAUUAGGUAUGGGUUAUAUUCUAUCUGUCUGCGCAUUAGAUAUGGGUUACAUUCUAUCUGUCUGCGUAUUAGGUAUGGGUUACAUUCUAUCUGUCUGUACAUAAGGUAUGGGUUACAUUCUAUCUGUCUGUACAUUAGGUAUGGGUUACAUUUUAUCUGUCUGUACAUUAGGUAUGGGUUACAUUCUAUCUGUCUGUACAUUAGGUAUGGGUUACAUUCUAUCUGUCUGUACAUUAGGUAUGGGUUACAUUCUAUCUGUCUGUACAUUAGGUAUGGGUUACAUUCUAUCUGUCUGUGUGCGUCUGAUUUCUUCUCUCAUCCCUCCUCAGUUUGUGUACCUUUUCUGUCCUCUCUUCAGAACAUAUAGGCUUGUGUGAUAUCUCUCUCUCUCUGUGUGUGUGUGUGUGUGUGUGUGUGUGUGUGUGUGUGUGUGUGUGUGUGUGUGUGUGUGUGUGUGUGUGUGUGUGUGUGUGUGUGUGUGUGUGUGUGUGUGUGUGUGUGUGUGUACGCACCAUUCACAUUUGUAAGGGGCGGCAGGUAGCCUAGCGGUUAAGAGCAUUGGGCCAGUAACUGAAAGGUCUCUGGUUCGAAUUUCGAUUUCACUAUGUGAAAAACCUGUCUGUGACUUGAGCGGAAGGCACUCAACCCUAAUUACAAAAUGUCCAUUUGGAUGUGUGUGUGUACCAAAGACGGCAUACAGAAUAGUACUCUCUGUGUGUUAACACCUCCUCUCCUCUCUGACCCAGUACAUCAAAGCCUGUCUCCAGGCUAAGGAGUGUCCCCACCUGACCCUGGUCCAGGUCAGCACGGUCCAGACCAUGUUCGAGAAGGAGAUCUCUGCCAUCGGAGCUGUGGUCAACCGCAAGAGCUCCAACCCCCCCUUACCUCUGCCCCCCAAGAGGAGGGGACCCUCGGUCAGUCACACUCUGUGUGUGUGUGUGUGUGAGGUGCAUGUAUGCGUUUGUGAGCCUUUUAUUAUCUCCAGACAUUGCUAGCUGCUCUUAGCAGGUGCACUCUGACGUCAUUCUGACGUUUCGUCUGGUUCUAAAGGUCGGUGUGCAGUUUAAUUGGCUCAUGCAGUUUUAAUUGCUCAUUAGGGCUUAAUUGCCUGGUACCACGACGACUACAUCCCACAGUGACAGGUGACAUUGGACAGUAAAUGACACCUGUCAAUCAAUGCUUCAAAUGUCAAUCAUUACAACUAAAUGUCAACAUCAACAAGACUGCAUCUGAUCUGAAAAGAAGAAAGAUGUUGGUCAGACAGUGAUGUCUUGUGGUAGUUGGACCAUUGACAGAAGGAGAAGUGAGUAGGGCUUCAAGCACAACAAGCCUGUAUACCCAGCAGCUCUCCGGGAGGGUAGAGGAUUGUUCUAGGUAGUGAGGAGAGGUUGAGCGAAGGACAGACUGUUCUUGUGGUGGUGUACUCGAGUCAGACAUUACAAAAAUAUACAUGUUGCAUAGACACUCACCUAAAUACACACACUGAUACACAGUACCCACUCUUACAUUCAAAAACACUCUUGUUUACACACACAACAACACACUUACAAAAGCACACUUUCGUUUAGACACACACACACACAGGAAGCGUGCUGCUUAUUCAUGUUUGUGGGCUGUAGCUGACGGCCAGUCAUGUGGAGUGUUUUUCCUGCUGUGCUGACCUUCGCAAAUCUACUCUGCUUGACAACAGUUUGACUCACCCUUCAGUGUGUGUGUGUGUUAUUCCUACAGUAAAUUAUACCGUUCUUCUUGCUUACUCAUGAAAAUAUUUCUCUCCUCUCGCUCUCUUUCCUCACCUCACUUCCUCCUUUCCUCUUCCCUCUGUUCCUGUCCUUCUCUCUCUCCUCUUCCCUCUGUUCCUCUCCCUCUCUCUCCUCUUCCCUCUGUUCCUCUCCCUCUCUCUCCUCUUCCCUCUGUUCCGUCCUUCCCUCUCUCCUCUUCCCUGUUUCCCUCUCCCACUCUCUCCUCCUCUUCCCUCUGUUCCUCGUCCCGCUCCUCCCCCCCUUCUCUUUCCCUCUCGUUCCUCUUCCUCUCUCUCCUCUUCCCUCUGUUCCUCCUUUCCGCUCUCGUCCCUCGCUGUCCUUCUCCUCUCUCUCUUCCCUCUGUUCUCUCUCCCUCUCUCUCCUCUUCCUCUUCUUUCCUCUCCUCUCUCUCCUCUUCCCUCUGUUCCUUCCCUCUCUCCUCUUCCCUCUGUUCCUCUCCCUCUCUCUCCUCUUCCCUCUGUUCCUCUCUCUCUCUCUCCUCUUCCCUCUGUUCCUCUUCCUCUCUCUCCUCUUCCCUCUGUUCCUCUCCUCUCUCUCCUUCCUCUCUCCUCCUCUCUCUCCCUCUGUUCCUCUCCUCUCUCUCUCCUCUUCCUCUGCUUCCUCUCUUCCUCUUCCCUCUGUUUCCUCUUCCCUUCUCUUCCUCUCUCCUCUCUCCCUUCCCUCGUUCCUUCCUUCUCUCUCCUCUUCCCUCGUUCUUCCUCUCCUCUCUUCCUCUCUCCUCUUACCUCUGCUUCCUCUUCCUCUUCCCUCUGUUCCUCUCCCUCUCUCUCCUCUUCCCUCUGUUCCUCUCCCUCUCUCUCCUCUUCCCUCUGUUCCUCUCCUUCUCUCUCCUCUUCCCUCUGUUCCUCUCCCUCUCUCUCCUCUUCCCUCCGUUCCUCUCCCUCUCUCUCCUCUUCCCUCCGUUCCUCUCCCUCUCUCUCCUCUUCCCUCUGUUCCUGUCCUUCUCUCUCUCCUCUUCCCUCUGUUCCUCUCCCUCUCUCUCCUCUUCCCUCUGUUCCUCUCCCUCUGUUCCUCUCCUUCUCUCUUUCCUCUGUUGCUCUUCUUCUCUCUCUCUCUCUCUCUCUAGCAAGUGCAGACGUGUGUAUGGGAGGUGUCCACCCAGUAUAAGAUCGUCCUAAUCAAAGGCAGCAAGGUGAACGCUGAGGAGACGGCAAAGGUAACCACUGAUGAUGAUUACUUGAUAGCAAACCUGGAAUUUUUGUUGCAUUUUUUUGUGUUUGCACUGAGAUGUACAGUACCAGUCAAAAGUUUGGACACACCUACUCAUUCAAGGGUUUUUCUAUAUUUUUACUAUUUUCUACAUUGUAGAAUAAUAGUGAAGACAUCAAAACUAGGAAAUAACACAUUGAAUCAUGUAGUAACCAAAAAAGUGUUAAACAAAUCAAAAUAUAUUUUAUAUUUGAGAUUAUUCAAAUAGCCACCCUUUGCCUUCAUGACAGCUUUGAACACUCUUGGCAUUCUCUCAACCAGCUUCACCUGGAAUGCUUUUCCAACAGUCUUGAAGGAGUUCCCACAUAUGCUGAGCACUUGUUGUCUGCUUUUCCUUCACUCUGCCGUCCGACUCAUCCCAAACCAUUUCAUUGGGUUGAGGUUGGGUGAUUGUGGAGGCCAGGUCAUCUGAUGCAGCACUCCAUCACUCUCCUUCUUGGUCAAAUAGCCCUUACACAGCCUGGAGGUGUGUUGGAUCAUUGUCUUGUUGAAAAACAAAUGUCCCACUAAGCCCAAACCAGGUGGGAUGGCGUAUCGCUGCCGAAUGCUGUGGUAGCCAUGCUGGUUAAGUGUGCCUUGAAUUCUAAAUAAAUCACAGACCGUGUCACCAGCAGAGCACCCCCACACCAUAACACCUCCUCCUCCAUGCUUUACGGUGGGAACUACACAUGCGGUGAUCAUCCGUUCACCCACACCGCAUCUUACAAAGACACAGCGGUUGGAACCAAAAAUCUCAUAUUUGGACUCCAGACCAAAGGACAAAUUUCCACCGGUCUCAUGUCCAUUGCUCGUGUUUCUUGGCCCAAGCAGGUCUCUUCUUAUUAUUGGUGUCCUUUAGUAGUGGUUUCUUUGCAGCAAUUCGACCAUGAAGGCCUGAUUCACGCAGUCUCCUAUGAACAGUUGAUGUUGAGAUGUGUCUGUGACUUGAACUCUGUGAAGCAUUUAUUUGGGCUGCAAUUUCUGAGGCUGGUAACUCUAAUGAACUUAUCCUCUGCAGCAGAGAUAACGCUGGGUCUUCCAUUCCUGUGGCAGUCCUCAUGAGAGCCAGUUUCAUCAUAACGCUUGAUGGUUUUUGUGACUGCACUUGAAGAAACUUUCAAAGUUCUUGACAUUUUCGGUAUUGACUGACCUUCAUGUCUUAAAGUAAUGAUGGACUGUCGUUUCUCUUUGCUUAGUUGAGCUGUUCUUGCCAUAAUAUGGACUUGGUAAAUGACUAAAAUGUAAAUGUGUUUUACUAAAUAAGGCUAUCUUCUGUAUGCCCCCCUACCUUGUCUCAACACAACUGAUUGGCUCAAACGCAUUAAGAAGGAAAGAAAUUCCACAAAUUAACUUUUAAGAAGGCACACCUGUUAAUUGAAAUGUAUUCCAGGUGACUACCUCAUGAAGCUGGUUGAGAGAAUGCCAAGAGUGUGCAAAGCUGUCAUCAAGGCAAAGGGUGGCUACUUUGAAGAAUCUCAAAUAUAAAAUAUAUUUUGAUUUGUUCAACACUUUUAUGGUUACUACAUGAUUCCAUAUGUGUUAUUUCAUAGUUUUGAUGUCUUCACUAUUAUUCUACAAUGUAAAACAUAGUAAAAAUAAAGAAAAACCCUUGAAUGAGUUGGUGUGUCCAAACUUUUGCCUGGUAGUGUAGUUAUUACCCAUGGGCAGUAGAGCACUGUUAGCUCUACACUUUGACCCUAUUAUGAUUAACUAAACCCCCUUCCCCUCUCCUCUCUCUCUUCAGGUCCAGGUGCGUGCAGGCUUGUUCCACGGCACAGAGCUGCUGUGUAAGCCAGCGGUGAGCAGCGAGAGCAGCGGACACACGGAACAUGUGUGGAACCGCACGCUAGAGUUCGACAUCGCCGUGAGCGACCUGCCGCGCAUGACCCGCCUAUGCUUUGCCGUCUACGCCGUCAUGGACAAGGUCAAGAAGCAGAAGUCCACCAAGAACUCCCACAUCAACAAGUACCAGACCAUCCGCAAGGCCGGCAAAGUGGUAUAACACACACACAAAGCACAGACAUGCGCACACACACACACACACACACACACACACACACACAGACACUUUAUAUUUAUCUCUGUCCCCUCUUUUGCUCUCGCUCUCUCUUCUUCUCACUCUCCCUCUCUCUCUCUCCGUCUCUCUGCAGCACUACCCUGUAGCCUGGGUGAACACCAUGGUGUUUGACUAUAAAGGACAGCUGAAGACUGGAGAUAUCAUCCUUCACAGCUGGUCUUCCUUUCCUGGUGAGCACAUACACACCCUCAUGCACUUUACAAACACUUGAAUGAACCUACACACACUCACACCUACACACACAUUUCUGAAACUCACCUUCAUACUUGUACACAAAAUGUUAGUGGCAUGUAUGAGUGAUUUUUCUGUGUGUUCCCCAGAUGAACUUGAAGAGAUGCUGAACCCCAUAGGAACCAUCCAGACCAACCCGUACACUGAGAACGCUACAGCACUCCACAUCCACCUCCCUAACUACAACCCUCAACCCAUCGUAUUCCCCCCCUUCGACAAGGUGAGGACACACACACACACACACACACACACACACUGACGUAUUCAAACAUGGUUGUCAUUAUGAAAUAUUUCUACCACUGAUAUGGAUGUGUGUGAUCUACCCCUGCAGAUUCUGGAGAAAGCUGCAGAGAUCGCUGGGUCAAGUGACUGCUCGCCUAUGGUACUGUCGUGAGUUCCAACCACUCAAACACACACAUACCUAGACACACGCAAACACUUACACACAUACAUACAUACGUACCCCUUCCAUCACACACAAAUACUUACACACAUACAUACAUACGUACCCCUUCCAUCACACACAAGCGCUCCCUUUACUCCAGAGCAGCAGGCGCCAGGCAUGGUGCAAGCAUUUCUAGUACAGAAAGACAGACACCAAAUGUGUCAGAGGGGAGGAAGGAUAUUGCUGUGACUGGUUUCCAGGGCAACCCAGUCAGUUCUGAUCCUGAUCCAAGAUGGUGCACUGUCACAAUAGUGUCUCUCUGAGGAAUCUGAGGCUAAGAUCAGCCCUCCUGUUCCACGUGCCACACGCGCACACACACACACACACACAUACACACACACGUCAACCAUCCUAAAGACCCUGUGGGACAGGACACAGAUAGUUACGUAACACCAUGUGACACAGAGGGCUUGCCAAAACAUGCCCCUUGCAGGGAGAUGUGUGUGUAUGAUGGAGGUUUUCGUACGGUCUCAAGCUUCACGCUCUUAUUCUGUGUGUCGACUAACAAUGUUUCAUUGUUGAUCCAUAAAGCAAUCAAACAUGCAUGCAAGUACAGAUCUAUUUUUAUCUCUCUAAUGGGGGAUAGGAUUACAUGCAGGGGACUCCCGAGUGGCGCAGCAGUCUAAGGCACUGCAUCGCAGUGCUAGAGGCGUCACUACAGACCCGGGUUCGAUCUCGGGCUGUAUCACAACCGGCCGUGAUCGGGAGUCCAAUAGGGCGGCGCACAAUUGGCCCAUCGUUGUCUGGGUUAGGGGAGGGUUUGGCUGGGGGGCUUUACUUGGCUCAUCGCGCUCUAGUGACUCCUUGUGGCGGGCCGGGCGCCUGCAGGCUGACCUCAACGGGGUUUCCUCCGACACAUUGGUGCGGCUGGCUUCCGGGUUAAGCGGGCGGGUGUUAAGAAGCGCGGUUUGGCGGGUCAUGUUUCGGAGGACGCAUGACGCGACCUUCGCCCCCCAAGCCCGUUGGAGAGUUGCAGCGAUGAGACAAGAUCGAAUUGUUUACAUGCAGUGUACUCUGAUUCCAGAUCUGUGGUUAAUGGUAACAUCUACCUUUAACACCCCAUGCUACUUCUCUGUACAUAAUGUGAUUUCUUAACCUCUGCUGCCACCUAGUGGUGACUAACCACCCCUGCUGUUUCCCCACAGGGCCGAGGCGGUAAGAAGUUCCACAUUGAGCUGAAGGAGAUCAUGGAGAGGGACCCUCUGUCCCAGCUGUGUGAGAACGAGAAGGACCUCAUCUGGACACUACGCUACGACUGCAUGGAGAACUUCCCCCAGUCACUGCCCAAACUGCUGCUCUCCGUCAAGUGGAGCAAACAUGAGGACAUGGCCCAGGUACACACUGUGACACAUGAACAUGGCCUGUGUAUUGACAGUGUUCUGUAACAACAAUCAAUUCCUUCUCCAGGGAAAUAAACUAUUCUAACCAGUCUGAUGACAAUGUUGUCUGUGAGUGUGCCUCAAUGGUCAGACUCUAAAUGGACCCCUAGCCCAUACCACUAUGCCCCUCAUCAUUCCCCUUCAAAGAUCUGCUGUGCUCCUGUAUUGGUUAGUAAUCAUAGUGAAUGAUCUCUGUCUCUCAGCUCCAGGCCUUGCUGCAGAUCUGGCCCAAGCUGAGUCCCAGGGAUGCUCUGGAGCUGCUGGACUUUAACUACCCAGACCAGUACGUCAGAGAGUACGCCGUGGGCUGCCUGAGGGACAUGAGGUAGUCUACACACGCUCACAGACACACAUACCUAUUCCUAGUUCACUUACUGUUGUAAUGACUUUAUCACCGCCCAUCUCCCCCUCUCUCUUCCUCUCACCCCCUCUUCCUCUCACCCCCUCUUCCCUCUUCCCUCCUCCCCCCCCCCCCCCACCACCCCCCCCCAGUGAUGAGGAGUUGUCUCAGUACCUGCUCCAGCUGGUCCAGGUGUUACGUUAUGAACCCUACUAUGACUGUGCGCUCACCCGCUUCCUGCUGAACAGAGCCCAGUGCAACCGCAACAUAGGACACUUCCUCUUCUGGCAUCUCAGGUGAGAGAGGGAGACGUGGUGUGUACAUGAAAGUGUGUAAGGGUGUGUGUUUGUGUGUGUGUAAGGGUGUGUAAGGGUGUGUGUGCAUAUGAAAGAGAAAGAGCAUGUGUGCAAAGAACCAAAAUACAUUUUCCUCUAUACAGGCUGUAUUUGUUGGUGGUGUGUGAUGUGAUGUGCGUUAACCCACCCCAGGCAUGACUGUAACUAUAUGGUGACUGUAACUAUAUGGUGACUGUGCUGCCCCCUGCAGGUCAGAGAUGCACAUGCCAGUCGUCUCUGUCCAGUUCUCUCUCAUUCUGGAGGCCUACUGUCGCGGCAGCAUCCCUCACAUUGAGGUCCUGAAGAAACAGGUAAGGACCCCAACACACACACUCGCGCAUGCACGCACACACACACACGCCCUGACUCCAACCUUAAGCUGUGAAUGAAUCACUACAUACAUCUAAUUCUGUCAACACCUCUAAUUCUAUAGUUUCCUCUGUCAGUUCAGAAUGGGGUUAUUUAUAAAGAAGUCAGAUGACAGCAGCCUGACCUCUAACCUCUGACCUCUACCCGCUUCCUGUCCACUGCUGUCCAUCCCUCCUCUCCUUCCUGUUUUGGAGUUAGCUACCACACUGUGGGAUGUUUCAGGAAGCCCAUGCUGUCAUGCGUAGCAUCCGUGUCAUAUUUGAAAGGCAAUUGCAUUAUAGUGCAUAAAUACAGCAUAUAUCUGUGGUGUAAUCUCAUCAUUAUUUCAUUAUUACAUCACGUUGCUUCUAUGUUGUAAUGACAUUACGCCCCUUCUCUCCCUAUAGGUGGAGGCUCUGAGCAAGCUGAAGUCUGUAAAUGAGCUGAUCAAGCUGGGCACCAUCAAGAACGCCCGCAGUAAGACCAAGGAGGCCAUGCUCACCAAGGAGGCCAUGAUGACCUGUCUGAGACAGAGUGGCUACACAGAGACCCUCUCUGACCUGCACUCCCCUCUCAACCCCAGCGUCCUGCUCUCUGGAAUCAAGUAAGGGCCAGGGGGAGAGAGUUAGGUCUAAGGGGUUAGAGGGUGAUGUGGGUGGACGACUUUGAUUUGACUCCUUUUUUCCCUCGUUCUUCUUCUUGCUCUAUUUUUCACUUUUUCACAUUUCUCCCCCUAUUUCUCUCUCCCCUCCUCCAUGCUCUCCCCUCCUCCCAGUGUGGAGAAGUGUCGGUACAUGGACUCUAAGAUGAAGCCUCUGUGGAUCGUCUACAACAACAAGCUGCUGGGGGGAGACACCCUGGGAAUCAUCUUCAAGAAUGGAGACGGUACGAGGGGGAGGUGGAUCUAACAUUUAGAUUUACAUUUUAGUCAUUUAGCAGACGCUCUUAUCCAGAGCGACUUACAUGAGCAAUUAGGUUUAAGUGCCUUGCUCAAGGACACAUCAACAGAUUUUUCACCUAGUCAGCUCAGGGAUUCGAACCAGCGACCUUUCGGUUACUGGCCCAACGCCCUUAACUGCUAGGCUACCUGCCUCUAAGAGGAAAUGUAAGAUCACUAAAGUUCAGGGGUAGAGGAGAGUGAGGGAAGAAUAGUGAGGUCAAGAUGGAGGGAUGUGUAUUAUGGAAGGUGAUUGAAGAUGGAAGUAUGAAUGAAAGACUAAUGGUGUUACACUCAUUUCUCUCUCCAGACCUGAGACAAGACAUGUUGACACUGCAGAUCUUGAGGUUGAUGGACCUGCUAUGGAAGGAGGCCAAUCUGGACCUUAGGUGUGUAUAUUAAUAUAAAAGGGGUGUGUGUGUGUCCCCUCAGGCGGACUCUGUGUCAGUAAGGCUUGUUUGUUCCUGCUCUCUGUAGGGAAGGGGAAGCUGUGUUGGGGGGGGGGGGGGGGGGGCUUAAUCACCCCCUGCUAGCCUGACCUCUAACCCCCCCACAUCCAUACCCCCAGCAUCACACACACACUACCCCGCUUCUCAUCCUAAUCAAAUCCACACACACUAGCGCUCGCUCUAAUACUCUAACAUACACAGACACACACAGUCUGACACAUCUGGAGCUGAGCAGUGUGUGGGAUUGUUUUGACAGUUGAGCUGGGGGGCAGGCCGUUAGGUUACAGGGACAAGGGUUCAGAGAGGAGAGGGAGCUCUGCAGAGAGGAUGAUGAUGAUGAUGGUGAGGAUAAUAAACUCACUAUGUGGUGGUGUUUGGAGUGUAAUCAUGCGUACAUUUUGGUCACGUGCUGAGAGAGCGGGGGAAAGGAAAAAUAAUGGAGAAAAUUAUAGGAUGCAUCUCAAUGGUGUUGAUGAUGAUUAAUUGGAACAAAAUGUGUCUGUGCAGAAUCGUGCCUUACGGUUGCCUAGCGACUGGGGACCGGUCAGGGCUGAUCGAGGUGGUGUCGUCGGCGGAUACCAUCGCCAACAUCCAGCUGACCAGCAGCAAUGUGGCGGCCGCCGCAGCCUUCAACAAGGAUGCGCUACUCAACUGGCUCAAAGAGAAGAACUCUGGGUAAGACCACACUUGGCCAACGGGUUUGUUUGUUUCUUACACCAGGGCUCUUUCUCAAUGUGACUUUCAAAAAGUUAUAGAUGGUGAAUAUAAAAAAUGUGUAUUACUGACCUAUUUCAUAGAUAUGUAAGCAUACUGGAUGUACAGUACCAGUCACAAGUUUGGACACACCUACUCAUUCAAAGGUUUUCCUUUAUCUUUACUAUUUUCUACAUUGUAGAAUAAUAGUGAAGACAUCAAAACUAUGAAAUAACACAUAUGGAAUCAUAUAGUAACCAAAAAAGUGUUAAACAAAUCAACAUAUAUUUUAGAUUCUUCAAAGUUGCCACCCUUUGCCUUGAUGACAGCUUUGCACACUCUUGGCAUUCUCUCAACCAGCUUCACCAAGAAUGCUUUUCCAACAGUCUUGAAGGAGUUCCCACAUAUGCUGAGCACUUGUUGGCUGCUUUUCCUUCACUCUGCGAUCCAACUCAUCCCAAACAAUCUCAAUUGGGUUGAGGUCGGUUGAUUGUGGAGGCCAGGUCAUCUGAUGCAGCACUCCAUCACUCUCCUUCUUGGUCAAAUAGCCCUUACACAGCCUGGAGGUGUGUUGGGUCAGUGUCCUGUUGAAAAACAAAUGAUAGUCCCACUAAGCGCAAACCAGAUGGGAUGGUGUAUCGCUGCAGAAUGCUGUGGUAGUCAUGCUGGUUAAGUGUGCCUUGAAUUCUAAAUAAAUCACAGACAGUGUCACCAGCAAAGCACCCCCACACCAUCACACCUCCUCCUCCAUGCUUCACGGUGGGAACUACACAUGCGGAGAUCAUCCGUUCACCUACUCUGCGUCUCACAAAGACACAGCGGUUGGAACCAAAAAUCUCCAAUUUGGACUCAGAGGGACAGAUUUCCACCGGUCUAAUGUCCAUUACUAGUGUUUCUUGGCCCAAGCAAGUCUCUUCUUAUUAUUGGUGUCCUUUAGUAGUGGUUUCUUUGCAGCAAUUCGACCAUGAAGGCCUGAUUCUCGCAGUCUCUUCUGAAUAGUUGAUGUUGAGAUGUGUCUGUGACUUGAACUCUGUGAAGCAUUUAUUUGGGCUGCAAUUUCUGAGGCUGGUAACUCUAAUGAACUUAUCCUCUGCACAGAGGUAACUCUGGAUCUUCCUUUCCUGUGGCGGUCCUCAUGAGAGCCAGUUUUAUCAUAGGCCUUGAUGGUUUUUGCGACUGCACUUAAAGACAUUUUCAAAGUUCUUGACAUUUUCCGUAUUGACUGACCUUCAUGUCUUAAAGUAAUGAUGGACUGUCUUUUCUCUUUGCUUAUUUGAGUUGUUCUUGCCAUAAUAUGGACUUGGUCUUUUACCAAAUAGAGCUACCGUGAGGGGAAAAAAGUAUUUGAUCCCCUGCUGAUUUUGUACGUUUGCCCACUGACAAAGACAUGAUCUGUCUAUAAUUUUAAUGGUAGGUUUAUUUGAACAGUGAGAGAUAGAAUAACAACAAAAAAAUCCAGAAAAACGCAUGUAAAAAAAAUUGAUUUGCAUUUUAAUGAGGGAAAUAAUUAUUUGAUCCCUCUGCAAAACAUGACUUAGUACUUGGUGGCAAAACCCUUGUUAGCAAUCACAGAGGUCAGACGUUUCUUGUAGUUGGCCACCAGCUUUGCACACAUCUCAGGAGGGAUUUUGUCCCACUCCUCUUUGCAGAUCUUCUCCAAGUCAUUAAGCUUUCGAGGCUGCUGACGUUUGGCAACUCGAACCUUAAGCUCCCUACACAGAUUUUCUAUGGGAUUAAGGUCUGGAGACUGGCUAGGCCACUCCAGGACCUUAAUGUGCUUCUUCUUGAGCUACUCCUUUGUUGCCUUGGCUGUGUGUUUUGGGUCAUUGUCAUGCCCUGGCUGAGGGAAGGAGGUUCUCACCCAAGAUUUGGCGGUAAAUGGCACCGUCCAUCGUCCCUUUGAUGCAGUGAAGUUGUCCUGUCCCCUUAGCAGAAAAACACCCCCAAAGCAGAAUGUUUCCACCUCCAUGUUUGACGGUGGGGAUGGUGUUCUUGGGGUCAUAGGCAGCAUUCCUCCUCCAAACACAGCGAGUUGAGUUGAUGCCAAAGAGCUCGAUUUUGGUCUCAUCUGACCACAACACUUUCACCCAGUUCUCCUCUGAAUCAUUCAGAUGUUCAUUGGCAAACUUCAGACGGGCCUGUAUAUGUGCUUUCUUGAGCAGGGGGACCUUGCGGGCGCUGCAGUAUUUCAGUCCUUCACAGCGUAGUGUGUUACCAAUUGUUUUCUUGGUGACUAUGGUCCCAGCUGCUUUGAGAUCAUUGACAAGAUCCUCCCGUGUAGUUCUGGACUGAUUCCUCACCGUUCUCAUGAUCAUUGCAACUCCACCAGGUGAGAUCUUGCAUGGAGCCCCAGGCCGAGGGAGAUUGACAAUUAUUAUUAUUAUUAUUGUGUUUCUUCCAUUUGCGAAUAAUCACACCAACUGUUGUCACCUUCUCACCAAGCUGCCAUUCCAGCCUUGUGUAGGUCUACAAUCUUGUCCCUGACAUCCUUGGAGAGCUCUUUGGUCUUGGCCAUGGUGGAGUGUUUGGAAUCUGAUUGAUUGAUUGCUUCUGUGGACAGGUGUCUUUUAUACAGGUAACAAACUGAGAUUAGGAGCACUCCCUUUAAGAGUGUGCUCCUAAUCUCAGCUCGUUACCUGUAUAAAAGACACCUGGGAGCCAGAAAUCUUUCUGAUUGAGAGGGGGUCAAAUACUUAUUUCCCUCAUUAAAAUGCAAAUCAAUUUAUAACAUUUUUUACAUGCGUUUUUCUGGAUUUUGUUGUUGUUAUUCUGUCUCUCACUGUUCAAAUAAACCUACCAUUAAAAUUAUAGACUGAUCAUUUCUUUGUCAGUGGGCAAACGUACAAAAUCAGCAGGGGAUCAAAUACUUUUUUCCCUCACUGUAUCUUCUGUAUACGACCCUUACCUUGUCACAAUACAACUGCUUGGCUCAAAUGCAUUAAGAAGGAAAGAAAUUCCACAAAUUGACUUUUAACAAGGCACACCUGUUAAUUGAAACACAUUCUAGGUGACUACCUCAUGAAGCUGGUUGAGAGAAUGCCAAGAGUGUGCAAAGCUGUCAAGGCAAAGGGUGGCUACUUUGAAGAAUCUCAAAUAUAAAAUAUAUUUUGAUUUGUUUAACACUUUUUUGGUUACUACAUGAUUCCAUAUGUGUUAUUUCAUAGUUUUGAUGUCUUCACUAUUAUUCUACAAUGUAGAAAAUAGUAAAAAAUAAAUAAAAACCCUGGAAUGAGCAGGUGUGUCUAAACUUCUGACUGGUACUGUAUAUAACAGGCAAUAUGUUAGUGAGCUGCUAUGCUUUGGUGCAAACCCAGUGAAAGCUCCCACUUGGCCGACACUUUGUUUUGUGUCUGUGUACUUUGCAGAGAUGCUCUGGAGAAGGCGAUCGAGGAGUUCACCCUGUCAUGUGCAGGCUACUGCGUGGCCACCUACGUCCUGGGGAUAGGUGACCGCCACAGUGACAACAUCAUGGUCCGCAGCACUGGGCAGGUGGGUAGGGGUGCUCCCCUCUACGACAGGCAAAAUCACUAAGGUUAAUUUAUGGAGUCUUUUAAUGGAGUUCAGAAUCAAGUUCUUACAUUGUGUGUGUCUCAGCUCUUCCACAUAGACUUUGGGCAUAUCCUGGGGAACUUCAAGUCCAAGUUUGGCAUCAAGAGGGAACGUGUCCCCUUCAUCCUGACCCAUGACUUCAUCCACGUCAUCCAACAGGGAAAGACUGGCAACACUGAGAAGUUUGGCAGGUGAGCUUCUGUCCCCUUCCACUACUCAGGUGAUCCAGGCUGGGAACACUAUCUGUUGCCUACCAUUUAUCAUUUAUGUAGGCGAUAGUUGAGUAAAUGUAUAGUAAAUUGAAUGUGUGUGUUGUCCCUAGUUUCCGUAAUUACUGUGAACAGGCCUACCUGAUUCUGAGGCGGAAUGGGAACCUCUUCAUCACCCUGUUUGCCCUCAUGCUGACUGCUGGACUGCCAGAGCUCACCUCCGUCAAGGAUAUACAGUACCUAAAGGUCAUUCUCACACACACACACACACACACACACACACAGUAUAUACAGUGGGGGAAAAAAUUAUUUAGUCAGCCACCAAUUGUGACAGUUCUCCCACUUAAAAAGAUGAGAGAGGCCUGUAAUUUUCAUCAUAGGUACACGUCAACUAUGACAGACAAAAUGAGGGGAAAAAAUCCAGAAAAUCACAUUGUAGGAUUUGUAAUGAAUUUAUUUGCAAAUUAUGGUGGAAAAUAAGUAUUUGGUCAAUAACAAAAGUUUCUCAAUACUUUGUUAUAUACCCUUUGUUGGCAAUGACACAGGUCAAACGUUUUCUGUAAGUCUUCACAAGGUUUUCACACACUGUUGCUGGUAUUUUGGCCCAUUCCUCUAUGCAGAUCUCCUCUAGAGCAGUGAUGUUUUGGGGCUGUCGCUGGGCAACACAGACUUUCAACUCCCUCCAAAGAUUUUCUAUGGGGUUGAAAUCUGGAGACUGGCUAGGCCACUCCAGGACCUUGAAAUGCUUCUUACGAAGCCACUCCUUCGUUGCCCGGGCGGUGUGUUUGGGAUCAUUGUCAUGCUGAAAGACCCAGCCACGUUUCAUCUUCAAUGCCCUUGCUGAUGGAAGGAGGUUUUCACUCAAAAUCUCACGAUACAUGGCCCCAUUCAUUCUUUCCUUUACACGGAUCAGUCUUCCUGGUCCCUUUGCAGAAAAACAGCCCCAAAGCAUGAUGUUUCCACCCCCAUGCUUCACAGUAGGUAUGGUGUUCUUUGGAUGCAUCUCAGCAUUCUUUGUCCUCCAAACACGACGAGUUGAGUUUUUACCAAAAAGUUCUAUUUUGGUUUCAUCUGACAUUCUCCCAAUCCUCUUCUGGAUCAUCCAAAUGCACUCUAGCAAACUUCAGGGGGGCCUGGACUUGUACUGGCUUAAGCAGGGGGACACGUCUGGCACUGCAGGAUUUGAGUCCCUGGCAGCGUAGUGUGUUACUGAUGGUAGGCUUUGUUACUUUGGUCCCAGCUCUCUGCAGGUCAUUCACUAGGUCCCCCCGUGUGGUUCUGGGAUUUUUGCUCACCGUUCUUGUGAUCAAUUUGACCCCACGGGGUGAGAUCUUGCGUGGAGCCCCAGAUCGAGGGAGAUUAUCAGUGGUCUUGUAUGUCUUCCAUUUCCUAAUAAUUGCUCCCACAGUUGAUUUAUUCAAACCAAGCUGCUUACCUAUUGCAGAUUCAGUCUUCCCAGCCUGGUGCAGGUCUACAAUUUUGUUUCUGGUGUCCUUUGACAGCUCUUUGGUCUUGGCCAUAGUGGAGUUUGGAGUGUGACUGUGAGGUUGUGGACAGGUGUCUUUUAUACUGAUAACAAGUUCAAACAGCUGCCAUUAAUACAGGUAACGAGUGGAGGACAGAGGAGCCUCUUAAAGAAGAAGUUACAGGUCUGUGAGAGCCAGAAAUCUUGCUUGUUUGUAGGUGACCAAAUACUUAUUUUCCACCAUAAUUUGCAAAUAAAUUCAUAAAAAAUCCUACAAUGUGAUUUUCUGGGAAAGAAAUCUCAAUUUGUCUGUCAUAGUUGACGUGUACCUAUGAUGAAAAUUACAGGCCUCUCUCAUCUUUUUAAGUGGGAGAACUUGCACAAUUGGUGGCUGACUAAAUACUUUUUUUCCCCACUGUAGUUGGCCACUUCACAUGGGCUAAAGUUUACAUUUGCUACAGAAAGAUACGGUGUCCAAAGUAUGUGAUGUUAUGUUGUGAUGAGUAGUUGUUAAGUCUCCUCCUCCCUCCUCUUCUCCCCCGUAGGACUCUCUGGCCCUGGGGAAGACAGACGACGAGGCGCUGAAACAGUUCCGCCAGAAGUUUGACGAGGCGCUGAGAGAGAGCUGGACCACCAAAGUCAACUGGAUGGCCCACAACGUGGUCAAAGACAACCGCUCC